CCAACAAAAAGUAAAUAGGAUGGCCAAUUAUGUUUUGUAUCAUGGGUCGCACUGCACUCUUGUAAACCAAUAUUUUUUUUCCAUUAUCUUUUCAUUCUCGGUAACUGGGUGGGGUUCGAGUCUAUCGCCUCUGGUUGCCGCCACUCCACCGUAACGACCGGAGAAACAAGUGUUUCUUUCACAAACUCUGUGGGAAACCCAAUGGGGAGAACUGCAGUGGGGUCUUUAUACACGUUCCGGGGCCGCUUCAACUGGUACUUCUAUUUUUCAGAUUCCGGGGCUGGUCGCUUUCUCUCGAUGUAAUCUGAUCCCGUGCAAGUGUCUUGGAAGCAUCAUCAGCUUUCACAAUUCUUAAAGGGAGGUGACUUGAGCGACCGAAGAACAAACGUUGAAUUCAGCAGGAGUGCACCUGGGAAAUAGACCACAUCAGCCACCAACCUACAGCUAUUGGACUGAGGACCAUUUGAGAUGCAUGGCCUGUAAGCAGCCAGCGCCAGCGAUGGCUCAUAGGAAGAGGCCAGGGACCAGCGGCUCCAGCUGCAGCAUGGUGGAGCCCCCCGUCCGGCCCCCCUGCCCCGCCGCCUACCCCCCAGAGCAGCACGACCAGGAGCAGGAGGUGGGGCCGGGGGAGGAGGAGGAGGACGUCCACUACUGCCGCCAGCAGGGCCUGGAGCCAGAGCUGACAGACAGCCGUCCAGACACACCUACUACACCGGAGCCGCAACACGAGCAUGAACACAGCCAUGACCACGAUCACCCAGACUGCCACGGCCAUGAUGACCACAGUCACAGCGAUGACCAUGCAGAGUGCCAUGGCCACGACCGCGAGCAUGCAGACUGUCACGAUCACAGUCACGACGAUGUAGACUGCCACGACCACGGCCACGUCCACGGUCACAUCAAUGACCACGACCAUGCAGGCUGCCACGGCCACCGUCACGAACACGCCGACAGCCUGGAUGGAGACUCCAGCUCUGACUAUGUGAACAACACCUCAGAGGAGGAGGACUAUGAUGAAGGUCUGCCGGAGGAGGACGAGGGCAUCACCUACUACAUCCGCUACUGCCCUGAGGAUGACAGCUACCUGGAGGGCAGCAUAGACUGCAACGAGGGCGAGGCUGACUAUACCGCCAGCACCGUGCAGCACGUCCGGGCUGAGCCCCCGGGCGACACAGACGAGUGCCAGGAAGCGGUGGAGGAGUGGGUGGAGGGAGAAGGUGGGGUGGAGGUGGGGGAGGUGCGCUGUGAGGUGGUGGAGCAGGACCCAGAUGAACAGAUCUACGACGUCCUGGACCACCACCCCCACCCCGCCGCCGUCCUGCAUGAGUCCCCCCCACCCACAGAGGAGGAGGAAGAGGAGGAGGUGAGAUCUGGGGUUGCUUACACUGGGGACUACUAUGGCCCAGAGGAGGAAAAUGGGAACUCCGUGGUUAACGAAUUGCGGUCUCCAUACCGUGGCCGUAAAGUGGUAGUGGAGGGGGAGACGGGGGAGGAGGCGGAGGAGGACAUUGACCAGAUAGUGGCAGAGAUCAAGAUGAGUAUGAGCAUGGGUAGUCUGAGCAGCGGUGGUACUGACCAGAGUCCUGACGAGCUGGUGCAAGACAGUGUACCCAGUGAUUACCAUCCUCCUGAGGCCCACGCCAAGCCUGAGCCUGCCCCCUACACCCCAACCUCACACCGCCACGACAGCAGACCCAAGUCCCUCAACCUCCCCUCCUCCACACGGCACAACAACCCUGAGCUCCAGAGGGGCUUCAAGGUUCGCUCCCGCACCCCGGAGGAGCGACAGCAGUGGGCUCAAGAACAGAUGACCAACGGUGCAGAGCAUCCCAGGAAACAGCAGCGUUCUGACCUCAACGUGCCGCUGGAGAACAACAAUGUCCCGGAGGAAACUAAGAAGGCUGCAUCUUUCCCCAGCUUUGUUGAUGUUCCGGGGCCCUGUGAGCCAGAAGAUCUUAUUGAUGGCAUCAUCUUUGCUGCUAACUACCUGGGUUCCACCCAGCUGCUCUCUGAGAGGAACCCGUCCAAGAACAUCCGCAUGAUGCAAGCCCAGGAGGCUGUCAGCCGGGUCAAGAGGGUUCAGAAGGCUGCCAAAAUCAAGAAAAAGGCGAGUCCAGAGGGAGACGCACAGACACUGACAGAGGUGGACCUCUUCAUCUCCACCCUGAGGAUCAAAGUGCUCAACGCAGACACACAGGAAACUAUGAUGGACAACGCCCUGCGCACCAUCUCCUACAUAGCUGACAUUGGGAACAUCGUGGUGCUGAUGGCGAGGCGCCGCAUGCCGCGCACAGCCUCCCAGGACUGCAUCGAGACCACACCUGGAGCCCCAGAGGCCAAGAAACAGUACCGGAUGAUCUGCCACGUCUUUGAGUCUGAGGACGCCCAGCUCAUAGCCCAGUCGAUUGGGCAGUCAUUUAGCGUGGCUUACCAGGAGUUCCUGAGGGCCAACGGCAUCAACCCAGAGGACCUGAGUCAGAAGGAGUACAGUGACAUCAUCAACACGCAGGAGAUGUACAACGAUGACCUCAUCCACUUCUCAAACUCUGAGAACUGCAAAGAGCUGCAGCUGGAGAAGCAUAAGGGAGAGAUCCUGGGCGUGGUCAUAGUGGAGUCUGGCUGGGGCUCCAUCCUGCCCACGGUCAUCCUGGCCAACAUGAUGAACGGUGGGCCGGCCGCCCGCUCUGGGAAGCUCAGCAUCGGAGACCAGAUCAUGUCCAUCAACAACACCAGCCUGGUGGGCCUGCCUCUCGCCACCUGUCAGGGAAUCAUCAAGGGCCUGAAGAACCAGGUGCAGGUGAAGCUGAACAUUGUGAGCUGUCCCCCUGUUACCACCGUGCUCAUCAAGAGACCAGACCUCAAGUACCAGCUGGGCUUCAGCGUCCAGAAUGGGAUUAUCUGCAGCCUGAUGCGGGGGGGUAUUGCCGAGCGGGGGGGUGUCCGGGUUGGCCACCGCAUUAUUGAGAUCAAUGGCCAAAGUGUGGUGGCUACAGCACAUGAGAAGAUUGUCCAAGCCCUCUCAAACUCUGUGGGCGAGAUUCACAUGAAGACAAUGCCAGCAGCCAUGUUCAGACUCUUAACAGGACAGGAGACUCCUAUGUAUAUAUAAAUCAAGGACAGAUCCCAUUUUCGUCCACAGAGGAGCUGUAAGCAGUGGUUGUUUACAGUCCAGUUGGAGAGCUCUAGGUGGACAAGAUUAGCAGACUAAUGAGUGUCUGAGGAUGGCUAGUGAGCCAGGGAUUGUCUUUCUUACUGUUGUGUCGCUGACUUAUCAUUUUUUUCCUCCCAUCUUUUCUGAGCUAACGUUCAUUCAACUGACACUCACGAUAUUUUGCUGAUGUUAAUACUAAAGAGGGUCAUCUGGGCAGAAGGUGUUUACGUUAUUUAUUGGUGUUUUUUUUUUGUUUUUUUGGACGCCUCACAAUGUAUAUUUUUAUAUUCAUAUCAAUGUCAUAUUGUACCUGCAUAUUGUUUCAUUUAGUUCUCUUUGCUCUGUUUAAUUUUCAUGUAAAUACAUAUUUUGCUAAUGCGUCGGAAGUAAUGGGGAAGGGUCAUGGUUGCUUUG